GACACAGCCAGAGACUUCUCUCUGUUUAAGCUAUCAAGUACUGACCUACCAGCUCUUGGCAUAGUUUUAAUUACAUGCUCUUUCUUAACUUCUUCAUCAAAAUUGCAAGCCGUUGCAUGCUGUUACCUGUUUUCAGGGCAAGUGAGACUGAAAACUUCAAACAAAAAUUAACAAUAGGGCUUGGUAUUUCAUUCUGUUCCAUUGAACCUCUGGGAUAAAGCUCCCAAUCAUGUUCGAUCGGAUCCAGUUACUAAGGCUGUUGAUGUUUCUCUUUUUAACCCAAAGCUUUGGAGAAGCCCAACGGAUGACUCAAGAUGCUUUACUCAUGCAAUACAUUGAGAGACGAAUCAUGUUACUUGAGGACCGGCUAGAGAAAUGUAACCAAGACAUGAACAAGUAUGUCAGGGAGUUUAGAGACUUCCGGAAAGAAAUCACAGUCCGUUUGGACGGUUUGAAUAUUUACAAAACUGAGUUCAAGAACGAGAUGGAGAUGGUUGGAUCCAGAAUUGAGAGGAUUGAAAAAGAUAUUGAUUAUUUGGAGUCACUGCAGCCAACUCAGCCAUGUGUGGAGGUCGAUGAAAAGUUGAUUGAAGAGCAAAUCCAGCAAGCAGAGGAGAAGAGAAAAGCCAAGCUUCGGAUGGCUGCAGAUUGUGACCUCUUGCUCGAUGGAAUCAAGUCAUUAAAAAUUGUUAAAAAAAUAGGUGAGUCCCAAGGUUCUUGGAUAAAGGACCCUGUCCGAGAUUUUCAAAAGGUUUAUUUCUUGAGUGGAACCAUUGGCAGUGUUCUCACUGAGUUUGGAGGCAUCAAGGCUUUCACAGAGAGUGCAAGCAGGAAAAUGGCUAAGAGAGUCACCCUCCCUUUUGCCUGGCAGGGGACGGGUCACGUAGUGUACAAUGGCUACCUGUACUUCCACCGCAAUGGCACCCUCAACCAGAUUGUCAAGUUCGACAUCCGGAAUGGGACAGUCAAAGACCGCAUGCUUCUGCAGGGGGCAGGCCAAGUGCCCGCCUACCAACUCUCACCAUACACCUUCAUCGACAUGGCUGUGGAUGAGCAGGGCCUCUGGACUAUCCAUGCUGAACCGGAUGAUAGUGGCGGCGCCAUCAUCGUCACCAAGAUUGACCACGGCAGCUUGGCAGUGGAGCACUCCUGGGACACCUCCUGCUCCAGCAAGGGAGCUGAGGCGGCCUUUAUGAUCUGUGGCACCCUGUACGUUGUCUACAACACCCAUCAUGGCGGUCGCUCUCGUGUCCAGUGCCUCUAUGACGUCACUGAUGUGGUCACCAGUGCUGAUUUGCCAGUCCUGUACUUCCCCAAGCGCUAUGGCAAACAUUCCAUGAUCCAUUACAACCCCCGGGAAAAUCAACUCUAUGCCUGGGAUGAUGGCUAUCAGACAAUCUACAAACUCAUCACAAAAAAGAAACUGGAAAGUCGGCCCUCUUUCUAAUAAUUUUCAUCAUUUUAUCUUUAUAUGCUCUGUUAUAAAGCGACCCUAAAUUGUCGACUAAUGGUUAUCAUACCUGCAACUUGACCAGUAUAAUCCACCCAACCCCCAAACAGAAUGGCUGGCUUUUAGUUUUAAUUCACUCAAAACUUCUCUACCACUGACACAGCACAAUUCAUGAGGGUGAUGGAAUUCUCUCCAUUUGGCAAUGCGUGCAGCUCCAAUAGCACUCCAGAAACUUAAUGGCUUCAAGGACAGAGUACUCAUCUGAAAUCCCAAUAAAUUCCAUAAACAUUCAAUUGUUCCACAACCAGCACACAAAGUCAGCAGUGUGUACCUGUUACAAGAUACAGUAACAUGCUAAAAUUGUUUUGGCAGUACCUUUCAAACCUACAUCCUCUACCACCUAUAAAGACAAGAGCUGCAGAUAUUUGGGAAUACUGCUCACCAGCAAGUUCCUCUCCAUCAGAUGUCAUUGGGACUUGGAAAUACAUCACUGUGCCUUCAUUAUUCUUUCCUUACAGCACUGUCGGGGUACCUACACCAUAGGAACUCCACUGGUUCAAGAGAGCAGCUCACUUUCAGGGGUAAUUUUGGAACAUGUUCACUUCAUAAGUACAUUACUAAGAUAUUCUUAUGAAACAAGAUAGGACAGGUAAUACAAAAUUGAAAAUGUUAAUAAUACACAGCAGAAUACACUGAUCAUAUCUGUAUGGAGACAGUGGUGGGUAUUGCAAAAUGAGAUCAGGAAACUGCACAAAUGUAGACAAGAGUGUCCUUGCUGUUUAAAGACAUCAACAGAUCUUCCGUGCAUCACCUACAAUUCUGCAAGUGGCUAAUCUAAUCACCUACUAUAACUUGUAACUGCUCUGUCUUCCAGAAAGGAUCAUCCACGAGGAGACAAAAGGAAGAACAUCUUGGCACCACAACUCAUUAAAUUUAAGCUGUUUUGUCCCUUUGUUGUGCAUUUUCAACUCCAGAAUCAACAGCCAGAUAGCUGAUGCCUGUUGCAGAGACGCAGCAAGUUUAGUCAUUUAUAUUGAAAGACUGUAAAUUGAUGUUGAGGAACAGACAGUGUUUAAGGUCAUGUCAACAUGAUAUUGAGAGGGAAUCAUAAGAACAGAUUCUUAUUUGCAUCUGUUGCUCGUCCCUCUUCCUACUCCAUCACAUCCUCCCAAAAUCGUUUGUUCCCUUAAGAGACAUUGCAGACCUUCCAGUUCCUGAUCCUGACAAAGGUACGUUACACAAAAAGAUUGGCUCAUCUUUUCCUGUACAAACUGCUUUUCAUUUUGUUUUAUGACGAUUGAUUUUUCUUUGGAUCUACCUUUUCCCCACUUUAAAAUCUUGUGAAAUCGCAUCUCAUUUAUAAAGCUGAUGAAGUCUCCACCAUGUCCACGAAGAGGUAACCUUUAUACUAGAUGAUUAAUGAUAAGCCUUUUCCGUCACAAAUGAAUUAAAUUACAAAGGCACCGCUUUUAUUAUGUUCAGUGCACAGGCUUUUUUCAGGCAAUGUUACAAGCUUUUAGCAUUUAAUUAAAAUGCAAUUAAUUUCACUGCUUGAUCAUGUCCACUCACCUUUUUAAAAGUUCAUCUGAUUUCAGGGAAAUUGAAAUGUCUAUAAAUCAGGGCUUCUCAGCCAUUUUGCUUCGAUAGCCUCUCCUCAUGUCAUAAAAAUUCUUGUCCCCUGUUGUAACAUAAGUUAUUUUUCUGUAUAAAAUUCAGUUGUACAAUUAACUGUAUACAUUUGUCAUUAAAUUUGCUUCAUUUGCAUCUUCUCUGCUAUGUUGCAGCUUUUUCCCUUGUUGUGAUAACAUUCUCUUUUUCUCUCUGCCCUCUGAAGUUAUUGUGUGGAAUAAUCUUUCCAAUUUACAAGUUCUUUGUGGCUUAAGCAUUUUUUUAAUGCAUAUACUGUGCAAACCUGCAGCUAGAUAGAAUUUCAGUUCCCAAAUGGUACAACAGACAAUAACAUGAUUGUAAUUUUCCCACUCUUGUAAAUCCAGUCCUGAAAUUAAACAGUCAAAAUGUAUAUCAACAAUAUUUGCAUCAACAGCUUAGGCAAAAACAUCUUAUUUGCAGAUUCAUUGUAAAAAGCCUUGACCAGAGUUUUCCACACAAGAAGCACACGCACGCUCUGACUCCAAAAAAUGUAUAAACAAACCCACCCAAAUAUUGGACUGUGGACAAUAAAGUAGUAAUGUACCUGGACUAGUAAUCCAGAGGUCUAGACAAACACUCUGGUCACAUGGGUACAAGCCCCAUCCUCCUAGCAGCUAGUGGAAAGGAAAUCAUUCUGUUUUCUGAUCAAUGUGCCUCUAGAUCCACAGCAAUGGAUCCUCUGAAAUGGCCAAGCAAACUUCUUAAGGGCAAUAGGGAUGGUCAACAAAUGCUGGAUUUGACGCAUCCCAGGGAGGAAGUUUAGAAACUGCCAGCCAUGUAGCUCUGUCUGAGUCAGAAUUUUAUGGAUUGCAGCCUACCUCAGGACUUGAUCCAAGCUGACACUUCAGUGCGGUACUACAGGUAUGCUGUACUGUUGGAGAUACUGUCUCUUGAACAGCCACUAAAUCAAAGCCCUGUCUGGCUCCUGAAGAGGAGAUGAAUUAUCCCAUGACAUGUUCAAUUGUCAUCACAAAGACAGAUUACCUUGUCAUUAUCUCACUCUUAUGGAUUUUGCAGAGUGAAAAAGAGAGGCAUGGUGGCUCAGUGGUUGGCACUUCUGCUCACAGCGCCAGGGACCUGGGUUUGGUUCCAUUUUUGGGCAACUGUCUAUGUGGGCUUUGCACAUUCUCCCUGCGUUUGCAUGGGUUUCCUCCGGGUGCUCCAGUUUCCUUCCAUAGUCCAAAGAUGUGCAGGUUAAUUAGAUGAGCCAUGCCAAAUUGCUCCAAUUAGGGAUCUGCAGGCUAGGUGUAUUACCCAUGGUAAAUGUAGGGUUACAGGGAUGAAGUGGAUCUGGGUGAGAUGCUCUCAGGAAGUUGGGGCAGACCCAAAGGACUCAAUAGCCCAAUGAUUGUAUAAUGUUCCCCAAGUUAUCCAGAAACUACUCUCCAUUGGUUUUGAAACACUUUGACACAUCUGGUGGUCAUGAAAGUACUACAUACAUGUGAAUGUCUUUACUUCAUAGCUGUAAUAUCCACAAUACAUCCAACUCUAGCCAGCUGCCAUUUCACAAAAGCAUUUUUUAAAAUUACAACGAUAAAAUUUGCUUAAUGCUCCAAAGUGUUUCCUCACUCUGGAUAUUCCCAUCAUAUGUUGGGGCAAUCCGCCAACCACACCCACUGCUUCAUUUACAGAUCAGCUUGAUUUCCCUUUCCCUCCAUCUCUCUGCCUGUUGUCAAACACCAACCGAAGACUGUCUAAACACACACACACACACCUCAGCUAAAUUGUCUCUUCACUCCAGUUUUGUUUGGCUAAUCCCCACAUCAGUCAUUUUUUUCUUUGCAGUCAACCUCUUGAAACCUUUGUUUGAAGCCCGAAGCGGGUGAUGGCGAACCCUUGCUUAAGUGAAUUUCAGUUCAGCUAAGGCACUGAGUUUCGCAGUGCUAUAGCAUUGCUUAGCCAAUUCGAGAACAUGCUAAAGACUGAGUGUUGGGAAUGUAUUGCUUGAGUUGUUAGAUGUCAUUGUCUUCCCCAGCUUUUCUGCUACGAUUUGCACCUUUUCCUCCUGGGGAUGCUAACUAUUCCUAUGUGAGUCUUUAAGAUAAGUUGGCUCCUGAUAUGUGGGGAGGGUUGAAAUGGGACUUUAAUUCAGAAUGCAAUAUUUAUACUGCAGUAUUGUACACAUGCAACUUACCCUCUCCAAUAUUUCAAUAUUUGGCAUUAUGUUUCACUGGUGUAAAGCUGCCUGGUUAGUGCCUCUGCUCAAUUUCAAUCUCACCUCACGCUGCUUUAUUUGAUGCUUUGUAAUUUUCUUGCCCAUUGCUCUAGUGAGAAAAUUGAGUGAACGCAAACACUCUUGAUGUAAAUGGUAGAAACUGUACAACGUACUGAGCCACAAAGCACACCACCCUCACUAAAUGUACAGAAUCUUGUUCAGCAAAAUGUUUUUUUCUGCCUGAAAAUGAGCCAAGUCCAGUUUAGACCCUUCUAACUUCCAAAAAACAGCCUCUUACACAUAACCUCACCCCAAAUCUUCUGUACUGUCAUCAGUGGGGUACCCCUGUAUCACACUGGUCCCACUCGUCCACGACCUUUUACCACAUGGCUACAGCUCCAAAUUCUCACAGUACUGUCCAAGAUAAAUUUCCCCCUUCUAAAACAUCAUAUGACCUUUAACUAUUUAAAAGAUGUUAUAAUUUGUCCUCUAGUUCUCCAACCCUCGCCACAGGUCACUGUGCUCCUCCCACCGGACUGUUUUACACUGUUGCACUGGAGUUUGGGGAAAAAUGACAAAUAAACCCUAUAAGAAUCAAGUGCUAACGCUACGGUGCACUUUAUUAAUGUGCGCUUAGGAUUUUGUCACACUGACACACCAAUGUUUAUUACCUAUCUGCAUUAACAGCCAACCUUGGAAACAUGAGAUGAGAGUGGCAUAUAGGUUUAACUUAGUAGGAGCAACAGAUUCUCUUCCCCGAAAGAUAUCGUGAAACAUUUGUGAUUUUACAAUAACUUCGAAACAAUUUUGCUCUUUGCUUGCUGUCAGAUCACAACUUAUAAAUUUAUUGAAUCCUAUUCUGUAAUUCUCCACUUGGAUUAGUGUUAAUUCCUGAAAACUGAACAUGAGAAGCAGAAUGGAUCCUGAGCGUAGACUGUUAGAUCUAACAGUAGAGCCCCCAGUUAACUCAAUAUGUGAUAAUAUUUUCUUCCCUGUGAAAAGAGUUUCAUUCUGUUUUUCAUGGCCGGCCAAAAUCAGAAACUCAUGCUUGGCAAAAAAUCAGACAUUUGAAAGGACCAGACCAACAGAUGGCAAAACCAACUAUAUAUUUCAAAAGUCUUGUAUCUCUGCAUGCUUCCACGUUUUCAAUCAAAAUUCCUAUGUAGUUCUGUCACAUCGUAAUUAUAUCCUCCAAGUAAUGAUGGCACAGUAACACAUUAAUUGUACAUCUUCUAGUUCACCAGCCUACAUUGUAAGCAAUAUCAUAACCUGUGAUUGACUGUAUUUUUCAGAUUUCUGUAAGUUAUGCUAGGUAUAAAUAAAUAACAGGAUGCCAAAAUA